UUCGUGUUGACAUUGUAGGAAUAAGACUGCUUAUUGCAACAUAAGUGGUUACUGAUUCGCUGCAAAAAUGAAUCUGGUGAAAGGAGCAAUGUCCUUCUUUCAUUAUUUUGUUUACUCUGUUUUGAUUAGUUUCAUCAUUAGGUCCAGCCAUGGAGAAGUUGUCCAGCUUGUUAGUAGUAAUAUGAAUACUAUAGUAUCAACAAAUGAUGUCGUUUUUGUCAAUUUUUAUGCUGACUGGUGCAGAUUCAGUCAGAUUUUAACACCAGUCUUUUUAGAAGCAUCAAAUAAAAUUAGCGAAGAAUUUCCUCAGUCAGGACGGGUUGUUUUUGGAAAAGUAGAUGCUGACAGAGAAAGUGCUCUGGCUGCGGAUAAUCAUAUAUCAAAAUAUCCAACUCUGAAAUUGUUCAGAAAUGGACAGGUUAUGAAAAAAGAAUACCGUGGACAGAGAACUGCCGACGCGCUAGCAAAUUACAUCAGGGACCAGUUAAAGGAUCCCAUACAACAACACACUACACAACAAUCUGUGGAAGAAUUGGAUGAAAAACAGAGACAUAUUAUUGGAUAUUUUGGGCAUCAAGAAAAUGAAGCCUACCAAACCUAUUUAAAAGUUGCUACAACUCUGCGGAAUGAAUGUAAUUUCCACGCUGCUGUAGGUCCAGUAUCUGAGAAUGAGAGGAUAACAGGAGAUAAUGUUGUGUAUCGUGCCCCUAAUACAAAAAAACAAGAUGUUAAAUACCCAGGAGUAUUGAAUAAUUAUGAGGGGCUCCUGCAGUGGGCUACCGAACAGUGCAUGCCUCUGGUCAGAGAAAUCACAUUUGAAAAUGCAGAGGAAUUAACAGAGGAAGGUUUACCGUUUCUCAUCCUUUUCCAUCAUCCUGAUGAUACUGCAGUCGUAGAAAAGUUUGCAGCGGCUGUCAAUCAAGAGUUAUUGGGUGAAAGAACGAGUGUGAAUUUCUUGACAGCAGAUGGUCUUAAAUUUUCUCAUCCUCUUCAUCACCUCGGGAAAUCUGCUGGUGAUCUGCCUGUUCUGGCUAUAGAUAGCUUUAGGCAUAUGUACCUCUUCCCAAAAAAUAUCAACCAAAUAAGUGAACCUGGAGUAUUAAAACAAUUUGUACAAGAUCUUCAUUCUGGUAAAUUACAUCGUGAAUUUCAUCAUGGCCCUGACCCCACAACGACACCUGAACCAGACACUAAGGAAGAAGAAGUGCAAACAGACCAUAUACCACACGAUAAGAAUGAAAAGGACGGUGAAGUGAAAUCGCCAACAUCUCCACCUGAAUCUACAUUUAGAAAAUUAGCACCCUCCGAGAACCGGUACACACUUCUCCAUAAAGACGAGUUAUAAGCUGAUGGUGAGGAAAGUGGGCCACUUCUGUUGAUCAGAAUUUUUGAAGAGACAGAAAUGUGGGAUAUUUAUUACAAAGUUAAUAUCUAAGAUGAAAUUUCACGACAGUUUUAGAAAGAAAUGUUUCAUUGGCAGAAAUAGUGUUUCAUAAAAAGAUUACUUGAUAGUAUCUAAAUCGAUAUCACAGAGUUCAAAAUUUAUAACUCUUUGUUGUUAUUAUGCUAUUGAAAAAAUAAUAAUUCUUCAUUUUGGGUCAGAAGAUAGUUUUUUUUAUUGCCUUGCCAUGGAGUGGGAUAUGAAUUAGGGGAAAUAGUUGUUAGUAUUUUAAGAAGUUUUGUACCAGUCUCUUGGUAAUAUAGUAUUUAGGUAAGUACAAAGCAGAAUUCAUUAUUUUGAAAACAAAAUAUAUUGUUUAGAUCUUUGAAUUGAAGAGAUUUUCUGCGUGAAAAUUUGAUGACAAUGUGGUAUGAAAUUUUGAUUCAAGUUUUAUCCAGAUUGCUGUAAACGUAGAUAUUUUAGUGGUACUCUUAUUUUAGCACUAUUUUCAUUGAAAGUAUCAAUAUUAUUACAUCAACUGUUGCUUCUGGAUAUUAAGCAAUUAUUACUGAUUGGUGCCAUAAUUCCCAAAAAAGUGAUUUUGUCUCGAUGAUUGUGCUAAAUUAAGUCUGUUUACAGCAUCUUCCAUGUAAAAAGCUGGUUUCAAACGAUUUCUGUCACAAAAAAAUGCAUUGAUAGAGAAAUUGAAAUAGAAUUCUCUUUAAAACUGGUGUUGACAAUUUCUAGACUAGUUAUAUGUGGUGACAUCAGACUAAACAGUUUUAAUUUAAAUUAUAUUAAUCAGAUAUAAAUAUAAAAGGGAGACUGAAGAGGAGUUAUUGAUAUCAGAAAUGAAGUGAGUUUGGACAUAGGUUGUAGAAAUCAUAGGUUCGUGAUGGUUUUAAUAAUCAACCUUUGACCUUGUCUGGCCUCGGGUUCAUUAACAUUCUUAGGUAUAUUCUCAUUCUCAAAUUUGAGAGCAGCCAAUUAGAAGUGACAUUAAAAAAAUGUAAUGACAUUUUUCAUUUUUUAAGAAUGAGAACAUACUUAAAACAUUAAUCAUACAGAGGCCUUUUAUGUGAAUAUAACAAUAUGAAAAAAAAAAUCAGUUUUUGGGAAAAGAUUCAGAAUCUUCUGCAAUAGGUUAAUGACUUCGAAAAGUCUUUAAAUUUGGUCAAACAGAAACUUCUUCUUUUCUCAAUAGCAGAUAUUUUAUGGAAUCAUCAGUUUCUUGGUUCGAUCUGGUCAUGUGAUUCCAGCUGUUAAUGGUACCAUACACAAUCAUUAGGUAUUGUCAUAUGUGGUUUUUUUUUAUAUUGUGAAAAGAUCUUUCACAUUUGUUAUCAAAACAUGAUACAUUUCUGUUUUGUUUUGUGAUAUAAAAUUGAAAAACAAAAUUAAUAUUUUUGAAAUUAUUUUUUGAAAAAAAUCAUUGACAAGAUAAUGAAAUGUGGUAAUUUGGUUUGAAAUUUAGGGUGAAAAUUAAUGGAAAUGGACUAUAAUUAUUUUGUUUAGUUUUGAUGGCAUAUGAGUUUUUGUUAUCCUUUGAAACAAUAUUACCUGAUCUCUUUUGAUAAGAGUUGUUUAAUGUCAUAUAUUUUAAAAUGUUUUUGAAAUUAUAAUGUCUUUUUCAAUGUAGAAAAUUUAAGGUGAACGAUAUUAAACAAAUUGAUAUCUUAUGAUGCAUGUAUAAAACCAAGGAGAGGGGAAACACUUCAGUAUUUAUAUUUGAAUGUAAAAAUUGUUAAUCCUGAUAUUAACAAGUUAAGGGAGAUGGUGAAAGUCUAUUUAAGUUUACUGUCAUCGUUUUAUUUGUACAAAGAAACUUUGUACCAAUUUUUAAUUAACAUAUUUAAGACAUUGUUAGGAAAGCUUCAAAAAUGAAUUGUGGUCCAGAUGUGUAAGAAUAUAAUCCAAUCGACAGAGACCCUUUCAUGAAAGAAAAAAAUAGAAAAAGAAAACUAUAAUCUUUUGUGUUCACUCGGAUAUUACCUUGCAAGCACCUCCAUGUCAUUGCUGUAUGAAUUUGUUCUUUCAUUCAUUGAAGGUACAAUUUGUAGUGUUUGGGGCUUUUUACCUUAAUGAGGUUAAAUGAGUUGGUACUUUGUGAAAACUGCAGCAUUCACAUUUUAUAAAAUAAUAGGAAUGACAGUUAAUGCUGGGUGAUAGGAUUCAUAUUUUUAUCUUUAUCAGCAUAUACAUCAAGCUUACUUCACAUCUUUUUCAUACACCACAUGAUCAUAUAAAGUGAAAAAGAGUGCGGAAUGAGUUUUGAUUAUUUUAGCCAAGUGUACUCGAAAUAUCAAAGUGAAACAGCUUUUAAACAAAAAUCUGUUAGAGGUAAAUUAUUAUUUUAGGUUGUUGUUCACAGUCAUAAGAUGAAAAUAUAAAUAAUACUAGCGGUCUUCACGAAGUUCCUAAAAUUUGACAAAGUGAUAAGUGUACACAGUGGUAUAUGUGGUGUGAGGUAAAUAGAUUUUAAUCUAUUCUUGUCAAUUCCUAAACUUAUGUUUCAAAAAUAUUUCUGUAAGAUACAGUCGUGUUCCUCAAGUCAGAUGUACAUCAAACAAACAUACUGGCUGUCUAUCAUAUAAUGAUACACUAUAGACGCCAUUCUUCAGAACACCUAUUUUUAUUUAUAUGUUUAUUCUCAAAAGCAUGAUUGUGUUUACUUUCCAUUAAUCAUUGUUAGUCACCUGAUCAGAGUCAUUUAUCACACAUGUAAUGUUUGGAGCAGCUUCACCCAUCACAUAAUUAUUUGGAGAGAGAAGAAAGCACACAUCCAUGCAUUUUUCAACUCUCCAUAUGGAUUUUCAUCAAAUUCUGUGAUAAAUUAUGAUUAUGUUUGAAGUGCUUUUUCUUUAAACAGAAAAUACCGGUAUAUACAUGUACAGUACAAAACCUAUAUAAUAAAUGUAAGAUAUAAAGGCACAUUUAUUGAUUAAUAAACAUUAAAUUGUUUUCCUAUUAAGCAAGUCUUAUAAAAUUCUGUACUGUUAAAAGUUCCAAUUUUUGUGAUAAUUUUUCUUGCCAAAAGUUUGAAGCAGAAAAGACAGAAAGUACUUUUCUUAAAGUCAGAAGUUGAUAAACGUCAAAAGAAUCACCAACACAAAACCUCAUUUCUAUGAUUAAAAGUGGUUCAUUGUUGUACUUCCAACUGUUCAGUCUGGUAACAUACUUCACCAUGACCCUACAUGUAAUAAGAUGCUAUCAGUUUGUCUAAAAAAAGAAAACAAAUACAAAAAGUUGGGUUUUUUUUUCGUCACAUUUUCUUUAGGCUGGUAAUGUCAGUAGAAUAGGAGACAGUUCUUAAAGAAUAACCAGUAGAAGAUUAGAAUGUGAUGUUUUGAUGACUACACGGUUACAUUCAUCAGACGAAACAUGUUGUUAUGGAGACUCAAACCUUCUACUGACUGUGAGACUAUAAGAAUUUGUAUUAUACAGAAAGAAAUCAAAUAGCAUGCUUAUGUUUCAAUGUGUUUCUGCACCAGUUGAGUUCUGAUGCAAAUUACAUCCUGUAUCUUAGGCUGUCAAUUUCCGAACUGACUUCAGUUUAUUUUGUCUCUGAUUCAAUAACUACUGAAAAAUCUGUUUUAAUGAGUAAUUUGGAAGUAAGAUGUUGAUUGUAGGAAUUACUAGACUGUCAUAAAAAAUUAACUUAAAGGCUUUUGUAAAUUAUCUGCCAUUAAAAUCCUUGAUUUAAUGUAAAAACCAUUGUCAUCUUUCGGAUUAUACUCAGUGUGUACACAGAUAUUUGUUUUCAUCAUGGAUUUGGCAGGAAAUUUGCAAGCCUUGACUUACGUGGAAUAUUUGGUUUGAAUAUGUUUUUUGUUGUAAAGAACACUCAGUUUUCUUGAACAGCAGGGUAUGUUUGAUAAAGAGUGAAAAUAAUAUGCAUGGUAAUAUUCUUGUGUGACUGUAAAAAAUCAUUGAUGUUAGGAAUAUAGCAUUAAUUUGGUACAGGUAUAGUAUAAUUGUACCGGUAAGUCUCAUACAUGCUUUAUAAAGAAAUCAAAUCUAUGGAAAAGACCAGCUCUGUCGGGCAAUCUCGUCUCAAAGUGACUCUUUGUCCACACAUACAAUUUUUGAUAGUUAUGGAACCAACAAUAUUAAACGAUCUCUGAAGGAGGAGAGUUUUAGUCUUACAACGGGGAACCUCUUUUACUCAAAAUACAUGUACAAUAUACAGAUCUAAACAUAUUUGUUUUGAUGUGUUGUUUUUGCGAGCUUGCCUAUUAAACCCAAACAAGUUUGUUUUGUCAGAUUAAUUAUAUAAGAAAACGGAGCAUUUCCCGAGUUCAUAAGUUGAUGUCCUAUUUAUUUCAGUGUAUCAUGAUUGUGUUUGUCCAGCUGAUAAUUUCAGAUUUUAGGAUUUGCUAUCAUGUGAUAUCAAACAUAAUUACAGGGUGAUUGAGGCUUUUUCUUUCAAAAACCUGUGUUACGUUGUUACAGAAAGAUGUUUGGAGGAUUUGAUACUGUAUAGUUGGUAACAUACGUGAUGAGCUUGAUUUCGCCAUAUUGGUGUUCAUCAACGACUGCAUGAAAAUGAAUAGCCAGUUAAUAUUUACCACAGAUCAAAAUAUAAGGAAAUCUGUGUUAUGUACCAGUAUACAUGAAUGCCAAUGUUUAGACAUACUGGUCUGUAAAAUUUAAUACCUGUGAACUGCUCCAAACUGGGACGACAGCGAAAUGCAAGCCCUGAAUAAAUUAACUAUACAGUAGGUUGAGAUAUCUAGUUGUUCUAGAUACCUGCUUUGAGAGUUGAACCAGUUGUAAAUUAUCAUCUGGUGAAUUUAAUAUAAGCUUUAGAGGAACCGAUUCAAUAUUUCAUUCAAAUAAGAAAUUUACCAUAGUAAUGUUAAGCUUCCAGUGUGCUUUUUAAUAAGUUUUUUUUUUGUUUAUUGUUUAUGUCCAGGUGUGAAAAACAGACUUUAUGAAACUCUCCUGUUUGCCUUGUUUAGACAUCUCUUACUUUCUUUAAAACCAUCCUCGUUAUAGAUUUGUUUUACCUGAAAAUCUGCUUUAUUUAAGAUGCAAUUCUGCAAUAUUUGACCAGUUCAGAAUUAUUAAUUCAGAUACUACAUUUGUUGUUUUGGUCAAUGGUGUUUGUUAUCAAUGUUACAGCUUGUUGAUUUUGUUUAACAAGAUGGACUCAACCAUAUAAGGGUUUUUUUUUGGUAUUACAUCAAUGAGUAAAAGUGUAUUUUACAGGUGGAGAGUGUGGGGAAAAUGCAGUAUGUAUGAUGGUAAUGGAGAUAGAUUUGGAUUACUGUGUAAUGUAUGAAAGAAUUUGUUUUAAAAGUGAAUAAAUGAUCUUUUAAUAGAA